ACCAUGCGGUUCCACGUGAUGAUCGUCCUGCUGGGACUGUCCUGUGUCUGUCUCACGCUGGCACAAGUGUCCUAUGAAGACUGCUGUCUGAAGUAUGUGAAACACAUAAGCCAGAAACAUGCAGUGGCUUACAGAGUGCAGAAGGUGGACGGCGGCUGCAACAUCCCUGCUGUGAUCUUCAUCAUGAAGAAGGGGCGUUUGUUUUGCACAAACCCCAAAGAGUCAUGGGUCCCGAAACUGAUGGAUAAGAUCGACCAAAAGGAAAUAUAUGGCAAAGGACCCAGGAGACGGCCCCAUCGACUGCCGAAGAACCGAGGCUGA